GUCCGUGACGUCACGAGACAGAACCGCGGACAUCGGCGACCUGAAUGCCGCGACGCGCACGCGCACACCUCGACGCUGCAGUGCGCGGGAGCGUGCAUCUCACCGCCUGCUUACUUGCACACGCACGCCGCAGAGCCGACGCGGAGCGACCGAGCGGACGCGGGGAGGCAAGCAGCCGGUGGCCGACGGGAAGCUGCGGUUGAAGGUGACUGGGGGAUCGAAGCAUCUGAUCAGGAUGAUGAUGAGCUCGCCGUCAGACAAGAUGAAGAAAAAGUGGUCGAAGGACAGUCUCACGCUGCUGCCAUGUUUUUACUUUGUGGAGCUGCCCAUCGUGGCCUCCUCCAUGGUGUCGCUGUACUUCCUGGAAUUGACGGACGUCGUGCGGCCGCCGCAAGUCGGCUUCCGUUGCCACGACCGCGAGCUCAGCAAGCCGUACGUGGACGGCGGGGACGAGAUGAUCCCGCUGCUCAUGCUGCUGAGCCUCGCCUUCGCCGGCCCGGCCGCCUCGAUCAUGCUGGUGGAGGCUUUCGUUUACUUCCUGCAGACCCGGACCAAAGUGCGGCGGGCGGAAGGGAGCAUUAACGCCGGAGGCUGCAACUUCAACUCCUUCUUGAGGAGGACCGUGCGCUUUGUGGGUGUGCACGUGUUUGGUCUUUGCGCCACGGCGCUGGUCACCGACGUCAUCCAGCUGUCCACGGGCUACCACGCUCCGUUCUUCCUCACCGUGUGCAAACCCAACUACACGCACGUCGCCUGCGACACCAACGCUUACAUCACCAAAGACAUCUGCUCCGGACACGACCACCACGCCAUCACGGCCGCCAGGAAGACGUUCCCAUCCCAGCAUGCGACUCUGUCGGCUUUUGCCGCCGUGUACGUCUCUAUGUAUUUCAACUCCACCAUCUCGAACAGCACCAAGCUGCUGAAGCCCGUGCUGGUGUUCUUCUUCGCCAUCGCCGCCGCGCUGACGGGCCUCACCCAGAUCACGCAGCACCGCAGCCACCCGGUCGACAUCUACGUGGGCUUCCUGAUCGGAGCUUUCAUCGCCGCCUACCUGGCUUUUCACGCGGUGGCCAACUUCAAGUCCUCGGACAUCGCCCUGGCUCCGCCCCCUCCACCCGUCUUGACGGACCCCUUGCGAGCGCUGACCGAGCGAGGACACGAGUCGGUGUACCAAAAAGGCCCCGCCUCGGCCUCCGAGAGCAACGACGAGAUAGCGGCGGCGCCGGCUCCGCUGGAGUGCCGGGACGGCGCCGGGCCCCUGCAGAGAGAGGUCGCGUCCAUGGGGUCCCUGAAGAGGGCCAGCGUGGACGUGGAGCUGCUGGCCCCUCGAAGCCCCAUGGCCAAGGAGACCAUGCUGACCUUCAGCAACACUUUGCCGCGAGCCAGCAUCAACGUGGGCGAGGGGGCGCCCGGUCCGGUCCAGCAGAUCCAGCCGGUCCAAUUGCGUCUCAAGGCGGUCCACGUCCCGAUGGACCCGGUCUCUUCGCAGCGUCUUUUGACCGAAUGGAAGCAGAAGUCCAUGGAGAUGCGAAGCCAGAGCACGCGGGACGAGAACGAGACCAGCGAGGACGGCUCGGAGGCGGACGACCGAGGAUCCCAGGUCCCCAUCUGCUUGUCCGGCAAGACCUCUGCCUCCAGUCGCAACCGCACUCCCCCUCCGAGUGGCGCCAAAGCGGUAGCGACCCCAAGACCGCCUCAGAUCCCCGAAGCAGGGCCGCCGCCGGUGUCACCAAAGAGCUCGGUGGCCCGCGCCAAGUGGCAAGCCAUCCGAGAGAAGACGGGCGGGGACACCUCAGGCCGCGUCGCCACCAACCAGCCGCGCCUGAUGCAGGUGGUCGCCAUGUCCAAGCAGCAGGGCUUGCUGGGGUCCUCGUCUUCGGCGGAGAAAUCCUCAGAAACGGACUCCACCUGCUCCGGAGCCUCCUCCUCCGCCGCCGCCGCCUCUCCGCGAUACAGACCGACGCCCGAGAAGCAGCGGGAGGGAAUCGUCACCGUGGACGCCCACGCUUCCCACCACCCUCUCGCCCAAGCGCCGCCCUCCGAGCGAAACGGCCGUCCCUGGGAGUGGGGCGGCGGCGACCUGCGCGACACCUACGACCUCAACAGCCUCCAGCGAGGAGACUCCGCCGCCUGCGGCAGCAGCUUCCGGCCACACCGCUCCCCCGGCGCGCCGCACUCGGCUUCGCCCCAGCCACAGUUCGAGGUGCUGACGGACGCUCAAAGGAAGGAAAUGGCGAUGAGACGCAAGACGGCGCUGGUUCUCCUGGAGCGAGAUGGGCAUCACGCCGACGAGGACAACCACUUCAAGAGUUUCCAAAGCCGCAGGAUGAAGGAUUAGGCUUUCAAAAUAAAAGGGAUUAUCGGAAGCUUCCACCGCUUGGAGUGACACACAGUGGGCGUGGCCUGCGAAGGACCGCCCACCGAUUGUACAAUGGCUGUUUUACCUGUGUUGUGAUCGCUCCGUUGCCUUGGUGAUGCUCAGCAUGUUUGUGUGUGCGCCUGCUGCUCUCUGAUUGGUGGAGGUGAAUAUCGUGCAGUUUUUUGUGACAUCAUUGUUGACGGCGAGUAAGUGGGCGGGGCUAUGACUAAAAGGAGACAAAUACAGGAAAAAGCAGUGGAAUUUUUGUGUGAAAAUGAACUUUGUGUCGCUCAUGUUGACUUUCUGACCGGCGGUUAAAAUGUGUUAAUUUAAAAUUUCAACACAUUUUUAAAAAAAGAGACACCUAUCUCUUUAGCUUUUUAGCUUAGCUUCGUGACAAACUUCGGACUUAUCAUGCAGUUUAAGAUCUUCGGCGGCUUCAUGAGAUUCUGUUGGCGAGAUUACGAGACAGGAUCUUGCGACACAUGUUUGGGCGGAAAAAACAUGUUAUAGGCGCACAUUUAUCAACAACACCCAGAAACUCAGCCGGCUUCGCUGGGCCCGAGCUCAUCUACGAUGGACUGAUGCAAAGUGGAAAAGUGUUCUGUGGUCUGACGAGUCCACAUUUCAAAUUGUUUUUGGAAACUGUGGACGUCGUCUUUGCUCCGCAGUAAGUCUUUGCUGUCGUCCAGCAUUCUGUUUUUGUUUACUUUGUAGCCAGUUCAGUCUUAGUUUCGUUCUGCAUAGCCUUCCCUAAUCAAUCAAUCAAUCGAUGUUUAUUUAUAUAGCCUUAAAUCACAAGUGUCUCAAAAGGCUGCACAAGCCACAACGACAUCCUCGGUACAGAGCCCACAUAAGGGCAAGGAAAAACUCACCCCAGUGGGACGUCGAUGUGAAUGACCAUGAGAAACCUUGGAGAGGACCGCAUAUGUGGGUAACCCCCUCCCUCUAGGGGAGACCGAAUGCAAUGGAUGUCGAGUGGGUCUGACAUAAUAUUGUGAGAAUCCAGUCCAUAGUAGAUCUAACAUAAUAGUGUGAGAGUCCAGUCCAUAGUGGAUCCAACAUAAUAGUAAGAGUCCAGUCCAUAGUGGGGCCAGCAGGACACCAUCCCGAGCGGAGACGAGUCAGCAGCGCAGAGAUGUUCCCAACCGAUGCACAGGCGAGCGGUCCACCCCGGGUCCCGACUAAGCUUCAAUGCCUUUUUUUAGGGGCACUCACCUUUUGUUAUUUUUGGUUUAAGCAUUAGAUACCUUUUUACCUGCACACUGCCUCCCGCUGUUUCCAUUUAUCAACAACACCCAGAAACGCAGCCGACUUCGCUGGGCACGAGCUCAUCUAAGACGGACUGAUGCAAAGUGGAAAAGUGUCCUGUGGUCUGACGAGUCCACAUUUCAAAUUGUUUUUGGAAACUGUGGACCAAAGAGAAAAAGAAUCAUCCGGACUGUUCUAGGCGCAAAGUGUAAAAGUCAGCAUGUGUGAUGGUAUGGGGGUGUAUUAGUGGCCAAGGCAUGGGUAACUUACACAUCUGUGAAGGUGCCAUUAAUGCUGAAAGGUACAUACAGGUUUUGGAGCAACAUAUGUUGCCAUCCAAGCAAUGUUAUCAUGGACGCCCCUGCUUAUUUCGGCGAGACAAUGCCAAACCACGUGUUACAACAGCGUGGAUUCGUAGUAAAAGAGUGCGGGUACUAGACUGGCCUGCCUGUAGUCCAGACCUGUCUCCCAUUGAAAAUGUGUGGCGCAUUAUGAAGCCUAAAAUACCACAACGGAGACCCCCGGACUGUUGAACAACUUAAACUGUGCAUCAAGUAAGAAUGGGAAAGAAUUCCACCUGAAAAGCAUCAAAAAUGUGUCUUCUCAGUUCCUAAAUGUUUACUGAGUGUUGUUAAAAGGAAAGGCCAUGUAACACAGUGGUAAAAAUGCCCCUGUGACAACUUUUUUGCAAUGUGUUGCUGCCAUUAAAUUCUAAGUCAAUGAUUAUUUGCAAAAAAAACAAAAAAACAUUUGUUGACGUUAAAAGACAAAGCAAACAAAGUUUCAAUGUGAAAAACUUUAUUGAAUGUAAACAUGCUGCAUG